GGUCAGUGUGUGUGUGGGAGCUGAGGAGAGUGGAUGUACAGCCCUCGCUCUCUGCGCAUCGUGACUUGACUCUGAAAUCUUGAGCCGCUAACUUCUAAGGAUUAUUACGUGGGACUUCUCAGUGCUGCCAGUCGGAAAGGGAUUUAGUGAAUGGUGACUUUGGUUGAUCGAGAAGAGAGUGGAGUGUUCAUUUGUUGAGGAUUUUGAUACGAUUGGAUUAUUUUGUUGCCGAGAGAGCAAAUAACAUGUUGUGAAGUUGGACAUUGACACCGGCUCCGCGACCAAGCCUUUUGCUCUCCCAAGUCUUGGAUUAAGUGACACUCGCAACACAAGGAGGAAAAUGGAGGAGUUGUACUGUGCUGAAGUGCCUGCAUGCUCAGAGGGACCGAUUGCGCUGCAAGACCCCGUCUUACUGCACGACAGUCGCGUGUUGACCAACCUGUUGCAGCUGCAGCCCUUCACCAUGCCGGCACAGAACUACUUCAAACACAUCCAGAGUGACAUCCAGCCGUACAUGCGGAAGGUCGUCACCAGAUGGAUGUUGGAUGUGUGCGAGGAACAGGCGUGCGAGGACCAAGUCUUUGCUGUCGCGAUCAACUUCCUCGACCGGUUCCUGUGUGCUUGCGUGGUACAGAGGACGCAACUCCAACUCCUGGGCGCUGUGUGCCUCCUGCUGGCGUCCAAACUCCGUCAGUGCCGCCCUCUGUCCAUCGAGCUCCUCGCCUACUACACUGACUACUCCGUCGGCGUUCAAGAGAUCAAGAGCUGGGAACUCCUGCUGGUGUCCAAGCUUGGCUGGGACCUGUCUCCUGUCACGGCCGGGGACUUUGUGGACCACCUCCUGAACCGGGUGCCCGUCCUGGCGCGGGAGCCCAUCGUCAGAAGACACGCCACCACCUUCGUCGCCCUCGCCGCCACCGAGCCCGAGUUCGUGCAGGUGGAGCCCUCGGCCGUGGCGGUGGCGUCCAUCGUGGCCGCCGUGCGGGGCCUCAACGUCGCCGAGUGGGCGGCCAUCCUGUCCAGCCUGGCGUCCGCCGUCAACCUGGACGCCCACGCCCUCCAGCCCAUCGUCGAGCAAAUCGAGAUGGUCGUCGAGAAGGAGACGGCGAUCCUCCCGGAGAGCAUGCACGUGCAGCAGCAAGCACAGCAGGCACAGCAGCAGCAGCAGCAGCAGCACCCCACCACGCCCACGAACAAGCAGCACCCCACCUCGCCCAUGGAGUUUUUUGACGGCAACGAAACUCCGACCGACCUGACGGACAUCCACUUCUGAUGCCGGAAGCGUCAGUAGGGCGUUGCAUGUCGGACGCAGCGGCCUCGCGGGGCGCUACUGCGGGGUUUUAGACGUAGAAGUCGUAACGGACGCGCUGCAGAGGAGACGCGGCCGGCGCAGGUCGAGCCCUCACAUCCUCCUCACUGCGCCUCAGGUAUUCGAGGAUCAGACGAAGUCCCUCCGACCUCCGUGCGGGGCUCGCGGAGGGACGCUAAUGUAGAUCCUCAAAAUGAAGAAAAAAUGUUUUCUUUUUCAAGUGAAGCUGUAGCCUAACCAAAGACAUUUCAAGGAGGAAGUGAAGUGGCCGCGACUCCCGAUGGCCUCUGCAAACGGGUGGAAGUCCAAAGGCCCCCUCGGCAAGGGGCGCUGGAAGACACGCCGCCGAGACCCGAGGGGGAAGCGAGCAAGAGGACCAUCGCGGGCGUCGCCGGCGCGUCCCAACGCAGCGCGAUCUGGCUCAUACCAAAUGGUGUAGAUCUCAGUCAUUUUUCUGUAUCCAGUCAAAGUCAGGGGCGGGGGACCUUGGGGAACAACGGCCUCUCCCUCGCGAGUUGCAGGCUGCCUUGGGCCUUUGCUGCUUCUCACGGGUGCUCCCAAAAAUAUAUAAAAAAGUACAACAAAAUUGCAUCUUUGAGAUUCAGUUCAGCGCCAGUGAGCCUCGACUCGGGAAGGAAGGAGCGCCUUGAAGUAACUAAACCACAGGAGAAGCAGGACCAUCAGUCGAAGACGCUGAUGGAGGGUCGAGAGCAGGGAAGGGGAGGAGCAUAAAGGCGCGGCGACGACCCGACGACGAGCCUCCUGCUCCCUCCAUCCUUCUCGUGCCUUACACCCUCCUGCCGAGCCUUUAGGUGUACAGUAGAUUAAGUAGUGCCUUAAGAUACAAGCCCGUCUGGAAACCUGUCGUGUUGCAGGCGAGAAGUUGCCACGUCGCAUCGCUCUCGGCGAUGUCAACGGGAGCCGGUUGAUCGCAACGAGUUCGCGAAGAACAUCGGAAAACAAAGAAUCGCUCUCGUCCCCAGCUGGACUCGAGUUCCCGCAGGAAGGGAGAGCAGCCGCCUUCAAGCUGUACGCGCAACCCCCCCUUUUUCCUUCACAAAACAUGUUCGAACACGACAUAACGUGUCAGUAUUAUUUAAGUCAUAAUCAAAUAUAUGUUAAUGGAAACGUCAGAACCACGGUGCUCUUAUAUUUUUGGAUUCUCAACAAGACGAGGAGGACUCUAGCGGAUUCGGGCAUUAGCUUGGGGAAGAUCUCAGUCCAGUGUUUGUGGAUGCUGUUCUGAAGAUAACAAACGAACAAAUUCCAUGAUCUCGUAGGUUGUAUGAGAAAACCAUGCGCAAAUAACAUUGUUCUCUCUUGUAUAAAUCAUAUUAUGUAUAUAUUGUGUAUACUUGUUAAUAUUGCUACUUAUAGGCUGUUUUAUAAUAUAUAUUUUGAAGUAUGUAACGUGGAUUCCAGUGUCGCUUCGUUUAUCAGAUGUUUACCCCUUUUUCCCUCGAGUAUCAGAAAGCAGUUUUGAUGCCUGAAUAUAUUAUAUUUGUAAUCUUUCAUUCCUACGUUUAUUUGCAUCCUAUUUGCGUUCUUGUGAAUCUAAUUGCCUUUUAUUUCGGUUUGGUAACGUGUUUUUUCGAGUGUUUGUCAACCUCUUUACCUGAAUAAGUGCCUUUUGCCAAAAGUCGGAAGCUCUGUCUAGAAUGUAUUCACUUCCGUCGUUUGUAGAGGAGUGUAAACGAUCAACUUGUCGGAUCUACUAUUUUUCCAUUUUUUCUGUACGGAAUAUUUGUGCCUUAUAAAAAUUCCAUGAGGUGAUAAAAAAUAUAAUUUGAAGAAUUGUGAUGUCUUAAAAAAUUGAUUGUCACUGUUUAGUUAAUGUAUAGAGUAAUAUUAUAUUUGAUAUAAAAAUCUCCAUAUUCUGCACACACGCAGACAGGAAAGGAAAGAGUUAUCGAUAUAAUUUUUAAGCAAUUGUGAAUGGUGAAUAGAUGCAUGUUUGUCAAGCUCGUGAGAGUAAAAGUGAUGCUUGGAUGAGUAAAAUAUUUUUAGAAAAUCUUCAAAAAUAUAAUCCUAGGAUAAAUUGUAAUUACUAUUAUCAUUUAUUUUAUUUUUUUUAUUUUUUCGUUUCACUUUUUUUUCGUUUUCUACAAAGCACAAAAAUACCCGUCCGUGGGUUAUUUUUUCUCCUACGUUCCUUUAGUGAUUAAUAUUAGAUGCUAUUAUCAUUAUUAUUCAUCUUAUUGAUAUUAUAUAUAUUUUUUUCUAUUCUUAUUCUUAUUAUUUAUGUCUUUGAAUGUAGUAUGGCGUGUGUGAUGACCUGGCCUCAGGUAUUCUCUAGUCGCGACCUUCCUUGGGGUAUGGGAGGGGGGGGCAAGGGGGAGGGAAAUGUUCAGCCAUGGCGAAUACAGUCUUUUUUUAUUUAUUAGUUUGAUCACUGACCUUUUUUCGUCUCUUUUGUCUAUGUAUGAAUAUUUCCCCUUUUUUUCUUUUUUUAUCUCCAGAGGCGAAGUCAGUUUCGAGUUUCAUCCCCACUCCCGUUUUCUUUCACACGUGGAAGUCUGUGUAUUUAUUUAAGUUUCCCCAUAUUUAUUUUUUUCUUGCUCUUCUAACCAGAUUCCCCGCCCCCCCUCCCACCCCCCUCUCUGCUGCCACACGAUACACAUAAUUUAUGCAUUUCACAAACACAAAUAUAAAUACGUUUUUAUAUGUUAUUUUUUUCUGAUCAAAGUCUGGCUGUCCAUGUCGACUCCGCCCGUUUAUAAGAAAGGUUGUUCUAAUACCUCGUUUUCUCUAAAUGAUUUUUUUUUUAAACUUCAUCUUUUCCCUUUUUUUAACGAAGCGUUGUGUGUUGUGUACAAAAUUUUCACACAUGCUUUGCGUACGUAGUGUUCUGUAAGAUAGACACGAAGGUUAUGCCUCUAGUUUCUUACGUUGAAACUGUAUUGUAUUUAUUUUAUUGGCUCUCCUUAUCAUCGAUUAGUAUUACUGCCGCAGUUUUCUUUAUUAUUAUUUCUUUUAAAUUCUGUGAUUGAUAUUACUAUCAUUGAAUAUUAUGAUUUUUUUUUUAUUAUUCCUAUCAUUUACUAUGGUAUUAUAUAUUUUUUAUCAGUUUUCGUUAUCUUCCUCUGGUAUUUUCGUAUGAUAACAAGAUGGUAUUAUUUAUAUUUAUGUAUAUUUUUAUUGUUUUAGUUAUACCUAUUUUGUGACCUAUUUUUUCGUUUUAAUACACGCUAUAAAUAUAUAUUGUGACGUCAUUAAUACAAUGGAAACCAUAAUUGUCUCAUUUAUAAUUUUGUACUUUUGUGAAAAAAUUACCCCCUGAAAGCUUUGUAAUUAUUUUUAUUUUAAGCUGAGUUUUUGAAUAAAAUGAAAUACCAUAAA